AUGCCUGCCGCGCUCGUCCUCCACAGCGCGCCUGACAGCUUGACAUCCAAUGGCAUCAAACCCGUCCCUCGCACCCAAUCCUCCAUAAUCAGCACAGAGACCGAUGCCAACGACGACGAUAACUUGUCGUUGCGUACGGUCGAUGGGCUUAUCCGCCAGCGAGCACGCAUGCACCCGGACGCUCAUGUGGUCUCAUACCCGUCCUCCGGUAUCGAGUUUGUGGAUUACACCAUCCAGCAGCUCGACGUCUUUGCGUGGCGCGUUUCGAAGCACUUUGAGUCGCGCCUGCCCGUUAGAUCUUCGUCAGAUGAGAAACCGGCCGUCGUGGCUUUGCUAGGGCCCUCCAACCUAGAGUACCUCAUCACCAAACUGGCCAUUAUCAAGCUCGGACAUUCGGCGCUGCUGCUGUCGACUCGGAUACCGCAACCUGCUAUUGAGUCGAUAUUGAACGUCACUGGCUCUCUGACCAUCCUUGCCGAUGCUCGGUAUAUCGAGCUGGCAGGACAGGUCCGGCGGAGCAUGCCUGCUGUGCAGGUCAUGGAGAUUCCCAAGCGUGAUGUCUUUGAGUUUCCUAUCGAUGCCCACGGAAAUACUCGUCUAGACAGCCAUCUUAAUCCCGAAGUCGAAAAGGACAACAUCGCUUUCAUCAUUCACUCCAGUGGCUCGACUGGCCUCCCCAAGCCCAUCUACCAAUCCCAGAAAGCGUGCCUGGCCAACUACGCCACAAGCAUGGAGAUGAAAGCCUUCAUCACCCUACCCCUCUUCCACAACCACGGCAUUUGCAACUUAUUCCGCGCCAUCUGGUGCCUCAAGCCCAUCUACCUCUACAACGCCGACCUGCCACUGACGCAGGACUACCUGGUGCGCAUCAUGCGCAAGUACACGUUUGAGAUAUUCUACGGCGUGCCCUACGCGCUUAAGCUGCUCUCUGAAUCGGAAGAGGGUAUCCAGCUGCUGCAAAUGCUCAAGAUUGUCAUGUACGGCGGAUCCGCGUGCCCCGACGACCUGGGCAACAUGCUGGUGAACCAUGGCGUCAAUCUCGUCGGCCACUACGGAGCUACCGAGGUCGGUCAGCUCAUGACGUCUUUCCGUCCUCCCGGCGAUAAAGACUGGAACUACGUCCGCGAGAGCGAGAAGCUGUCGCCCUUCCUGCGCUGGGUGCCACAGGGAAACAACCUGUUCGAAUGCAUCGUCCGCGACGGUUGGCCCGCCAAGGUCCAGUCAAACCGGCCUGACGGCUCCUAUGCGACGAGGGACCUCUUCGAGCCGCAUCCGACCAUUACCAAGGCCUGGAAGUACAUUGCUCGCUUGGACGACACACUGGUACUUGUUAAUGGUGAAAAGCUCAACCCGGUCGCGAUGGAGGGCCAGAUACGAUCCGACCGCAACGUCGCCGAGGCUGUCGUCUUUGGCGCCGGACGCCCCAACCUCGGUGUGCUUGUUGUACCUGCGCCCAGACUUGCUGGCAAGUCGAACGAGGAAAUCCUCGAGGCUGUCUGGCCGACGAUUGACCAAGCUAACAAGUCUGUCGAUUCCUUUGGUCGCAUUUCCAAGAACAUGGUCCGGCUGCUGCCGACGGAUUGCUCGUACCCCCGGACCGACAAGGGCAGCAUCAUCCGCCAGGCCUUCUGCAAAGCCUUCAAAGCCGAGAUUGACGAGACCUAUGACGCGCAAGACGUUGGCACAGGGGAGCUGAAGACGCUUGAGCUUGCCCAGAUGCGACAAUUUCUCCACGGGCUUCUGUCAAGCACCACAUCGGACCAGACCAAGUUUGAGGACGACACGGAUUUCUUCCUGCUAGGUCUCGACUCGCUACAAGCUAUCCAGCUGCGCAGCGAGAUCCUCAGAACUGUGGAACUUGGCGGGAAGCUGGGUCAGAACGUCGUGUUUGAGAACCCUUCGAUUGACAAGCUGGCUAAAUUCCUGGAUAGUCUGCGGAGGGGAGAGGACGCGGCAUCCACGGCGGUUGAGACGGAGAUGCAGGCGCUGAUUGACAAGUAUGGGGAUAUUGGUGCGACUCCAGCGUCUUCAGUUGUCGUUACUGGCGCCACUGGUUCACUCGGAGCACACGUCGUUACCACGCUCGCUUCCAAUCCCGAGAUAACUACCAUCUUCUGCCUUGUCCGCGCACCCACCAAGUCGCAGGCACUCAUCCGCGUCAAGGAAUCUCUCAUCCAACGUUGCCUCUAUCAUUCCCUCUCCCUAACCUCCCGACACAAGAUUGUCGCGCUUCCCUGCGACCUGUCAGAUCCCAAACUCGGCCUCUCUGCCCAAGACUACCAAGCCGUCGCCCAAGACCUCCGCUGCAUCAUCCACUGCGCCUGGUCCGUCAACUUCAACAUGCACCUCUCCAGUUUCGAAAAGGGCGACAUUGCCGGCGUGAACCACCUGCUCGCGCUCGUCAAGGCGUCGCCCACCAGGGCCUCUAUGAACUUUUGCUCCUCGGUCAGCUCGUGCAGCCGCGCGACGCAGAGCCCCGUGCCCGAGUCUUUGCCGGAUCUCGCGUGGGCGCAGGGAAUGGGCUAUGCGCAGUCCAAGUCGGUGGCCGAGCAUGUCUGCGCUCGCGCGGCCGCCGCAGGGAUCCCAGCGAGGGUGCUUCGGGUCGGACAGAUUGUCGGCGACACAAAGCACGGUGUAUGGAACGCGCAGGAGGCCGUGCCGAUGAUGAUGCAGACAGCCGUGACGGUGGGUGCCUUGCCACGGCUUGCGGAGACGCCUUCGUGGCUGCCUGUCGACACGGUUGCCGAGGCGGUAGUGGACAUGUCGCUGUCAGACAAGAAAUGUGAUUUCGCCAACAUCACGCACCACAAGACCUUUAGCUGGACCGACGACCUGCUUCCGGCGCUGCGCUUGGCUGGUCUGCAGUUCGAUGAAGUUGGGCCCAAGGAGUGGGUGUCCCGACUGCGCGCGUCAAACCCGGAUCCCAAAGCGAACCCGCCCAUCAAGCUCGUCGACUUCUUUGCCUCAAAGUACGAUACAGGUGAAUCCGCGCCGUCAAAGACUUUUGCUACAGAUGUGGCAAGGUCGCUGGCGCCAGCACUGGCAAACGCUCCCGUCCUCGAGCCCGGCUUUGUGAAGCUGUUUGUCCGGUAUUUCCUCGACAACUGCUGGGGCUCAGAGGCCGAGGAGCAAAAGGCUGUCAAGACAGCCGUUUUCAUGGCGGGACCCUGCGGAAGCGGCAAGACGACGGCCGGUGCCAGCAUCGCCAGUUGGCUAGGCGUGCCCUUUGUCGAGGGCGAUGCUCUCCACACGCGCGCCGCUGUCGAUAUGAUGCGCGCUCACACAGCACUCUCAGACAAUGACCGCAAGGGUUGGCUCGGCCGUGUCUGUUCACACGCGCGCGAGACGGUAUGUGAGCUUGACUACUCGGCGGUCGUCGUGAGCUGCUCGGCGCUCAAGGCGUCGUAUCGUGCGCACAUUCGAGAGACGCUGGGCCGAGACGGGGUACGAGCCGUGUUCGUGGAUCUACAGGCCGGUAGGGAUGUGUUGGUGAAGAGGAUGGAGGCCAGAAAGGGUCAUUACAUGGGAGCGCAGAUGGUGGAUGGUCAGCUGGAGGUGUAUGAGGCGGCCGGUCAGGAUGAGAUGGAUGUUCUGCCGGUAGACGCGGAGGCGGAUCAGGAGGAGGUUGUUGAUGAGGUUAAAUGGAUACUCAACAAGGUCGUGGGCUUACCCGGAGGCGAUUUUAUCUGUUGA